CGAUGGCUGCCCAGGGAGAGCCCGGAGUCCAGUUCAAGCUCGUAUUGGUUGGUGAUGGUGGGACUGGGAAAACUUCGUUUGUGAAAUGCCACUUGACCGGUGAAUUUGAGAAGUAUGUAGCCACCUUAGGCGUUGAGGUCCAUCCCCUUGUGUUCCACACCAACAGAGGACCCAUGAAGUUCAACGUAUGGGAUACAGCUGGCCGGGAGAAAUUUGGUGGACUCAGAGAUGGCUAUUACAUCCAAGCCCAGGGUGCCAUUAUAAUGUUUGAUGUAACAUCACCAGUGACUUACAAGAACGUGCCUAAUUGGCAUAGAGAUCUGGUAUGAGUAUGUGAAAACAUCCCUAUGGUGUUGUGUGGAAACGAAGUGAAUAUUAAGGACGGGGAAGUUAAGGUAAAAUCUAUUGUCUUUCCCCGAAAGAAGAAUCUUCAGUACCACGGCAUUUCUGCCAAAAGUA